AGGUUAGCAUUUAUUUGGGUAUUAAAUUUCUGAGAAAUUCAAGACUCCCCAAAAAGGUAUCAUAUUUCAAUAAUGUUUCUUCAAUUCUAUUAAAUUGACCAAAAAUAAUUGACAAAGCGGGGAAAUUAUACUUUUCGAAUUCGUCUCUUCCCGCCUCGCGUAUUCGCGCAGUUGACAGUUGUCAGCCAUGGGUGUCAGUUUAGUGGCUGUCAUGGCUGUGUUGAUAAACAUUGCGUAUUUUUCUUCCCUUUUCUCACUCCUCCUGACCAUCCUGUUCAGUGUUGGGGAGAUUGAGGCCGCCCAGAGCACCACAAAGGACAGGGAUUCCAGUUCCAACAACCACAACACGUACCAUCCGCUGGGGCCGCUCGUGAAGUGCUCCUUCCUGCCCAGCGACUUCAUCGACUGCGAGUCGCCCCAGCUGCGGGGCAACAACACCUACGGAUGCUCCAAAUUCGGUGGCGUGUACUUCGAGGACGUAGAGAAGACGUCCGUGCGAUGCACUGUGCUGCCGGAGAUUGAGUGCUACGGCGAACGGACGUUUAUGCGCGAUGGAGUGCCGUGCGUGAAGUACACAGAUCACUACUUCGUCACCACGCUGAUCUACAGUCUCCUGCUCGGCUUCCUGGGCAUGGACCGUUUCUGCCUGGGCCAGACGGGCACGGCGGUGGGCAAGCUGCUGACGCUGGGCGGCCUGGGCAUCUGGUGGAUUGUGGACAUCAUUCUGCUCGUGACCAACAACCUUCUGCCCGAGGACGGCAGCAACUGGGUGCCUCACGUGUGAAGCACACCCCUUCCGCACCCCCAAAGAACGCCUCUUCACGAGGUAUUUUAUGCUAUAUAUGAAGAUCUUUAUUUUGCAAUUUGUAACUAAAUACAAAUUUGUCUAACUUUUAAGAAAAUACCUCGAUUUGCACUUUGUUUGCUAAAGAUUUGCUAGUCAAAUCACUUAAUCAUUUGCUAUUACACUCUUUGUUAAACAAUUAUUAUCAUGAUUUGCUCAACCAUUUUUUUUAUCUGCUGAAAAUAAAAGGUUAACUUUUCUGUGUAGUGUCACUACAUUCACUUGCGUACAAAGAAACCUCUGAAACACCUAAAAAGACACUACGAAAAUUGUACUUUCAUUAGUAAGUGAUCGAUUAAAAUUUAAAAUGUUGUCUGACAUCACUUGACGAGAAUUGAUGGUCAAUUUGAUGAUUUCUAGAAAAAAAAAAACAGUAAAACUCUUGUAAAUAUUUAGUCACUCUAAGCAUAGAUCGUAUGUACAUAUGUUAUGUAUUAAAAGAAAUUGAGACUGUUCA